UAAGUGAUGCGGUGAAUGUUUUCGUGUGUACAAGACAUUUUUCUUACCUGUCCCGUCGGCACAAGGAUCAAUCGCCAAAAGUGAUAAAUAAUUAAUGAACUAUUUCAAGUAUAGCUCACUCAUCUUUGUUUUCUUCUCCACGACACAUUCAACUUAGUAUUUCUGCGGUGCUGUGCAAAUUUUGGGAAUAUCACAACUCGUCAAUCACACACAACCGUCGACAAGCUCAACAGGAAGCUAGCGUGUUCUUGUGACUCAUAUAGAGAAAGAAUAAGAGAGAACAUUUCCGUUGUCAUUUUGUCAGCCAGCAAGGCAGAAGAAAAUGUGCAGCGAAGUUAAUAACAUCAUCGAAGCAGAACCAGCCUCAACAAACCCUGCCGAUUAUGGAUGCAACUUUAGAAUCAUUGAUUGCAGUGACCAAAUCAAGGACCUCCAAACAAUCAUCAGAGAUAAAAACACCACGAGGAGUGACUUCAAAUUUUACGCCGAUCGGCUGAUCCGACUGGUGAUAGAGGAAAGCCUAAAUCAGCUCCCGUACACAGACUGUUCAGUAGUCACACCAACCGGAGCGAUCUACGAUGGGCUCAAGUAUCGGUCCGGGAACUGUGGUGUGUCGAUUGUGCGAUCAGGAGAGGCGAUGGAACAGGGAUUGCGAGAUUGCUGCCGAUCGAUUAGGAUAGGAAAGAUACUGGUUGAAUCAGACGCUCAAACACAUGCCGCGAAGGUAGUGUACGCGAGGUUUCCAGAUGAUAUCGCCAAACGACAAGUGCUGCUCAUGUACCCCAUCAUGGCUACGGGUAACACCGUUAUACAGGCAGUAAACGUACUGAAGGACCACGGUGUUCCGGAAACAUCGAUAAUCCUGUCGAACCUGUUCUGCACCCCGAUCGCCGCCUCGAUGGUGGUGAAGGCAUUUCCCGAUAUGAAAAUUCUCACCUCAGAACUACACCCGGUGGCACCGAACCACUUUGGCCAAAGGUACUUUGGAACGGAUUAACCAGGGGGAAAAAACGCUCCGAGCAGAGAAGGCUACCCACUACACUGCACGCUACAAAUUUUUCAUUGGUAUUAGGGCGGGAAAUGUUUCACAGCAAACAAGGCAUGUCUUUGAUUCCAGCAGCAGCGUUAGGGGCGUUUAUAAGCGCCAUUAGUAGAUGGAAACACCCUCGAGUGGGGUGUAGGGGUACAGAGAGGAGUUUACGGAACUGUUAUAUAUGUAUAGUUCUCUAUCGGAUAGCUCGUUUACUUCUUAAUGAAAUUUAUUCUAGAUGAAGUCGCAGCCUUCGGCAAAGUUAUUAGCUAGCGUCCAAGCGCCCUUGCUGCUGGGUGAUGAAUAUUGUCGCGCCCUGAGCAGUUUACUUAUUUGCAACUUAUUUAUUUUCAAUUUUUUAGCCUUUUUCGGUAAUAAUUGUGUCUAAGAAAGAUAAUGUCGUCGUAGUUUUUGCCAGACUUAUUAUGUAAGAAGUAAAAAUGCCACAUUAGUUAAAGACUGUUUUUUAAUACAGUUGUAAUAGGUCAAUAUAUAGAUCGUAGGCAUAACUCGUCGAA